AUGGCCUUUCUCGCCAAGCUCACCGCUCUGACGGACGAGCUUGUCGAGGUCAUCACAUCGACGCCCGACAAGAUCGGCCGGCAGAAGUUCAAUCUCUUGCGCGAAUCAUCGCUGCGCACAUUGAGGUACAACAACUUCCUGCGAACCAACCAAUUCGAUGUCGAAAACCAGCUUGUAGGGCUCGAGGAGCGAUUCCGGGUCCAUCAUCGUGAAGGCUUGGCCGAUGCGUUUAGAGAAAGCAAAAAUGCGCUGGAGGAGCACCGCACCAAAUGGACACCAGAUAUUUUGCACUUUCUUCUCGAGCUUGCCGACCGACCGACACAGAAAACACGAUUGAUCGACCUAGAGGUAUUACGGGAACCAGAUGGAGAUGCUGAGCCGCCCCUCAGGUGGGAGGACAUCGCCAAGGAGGAUGGCUGGAACGAUGAUCCCGAUAUAUGGAAGUCCAUCGACUACAGCGACGGAUCGGCCGACGAAUACAUCGACUCCAAAUCAGAUACCGCAAGCGAGACCGAUGAUACGUCGCUGUUUGGUGCCGAUGUCAUAGUCGGCAGGAGGCCAGAGGACUUUGAAAUCGCAUCCGCGGAUGAUGCUGCCCUCAAAGAAGUGCAAGAAAGUCAAGCGUGGAGACAGAAAGUUGAAAAGGCGCCCUCUGGUCGGCAACACAAGGUUCCUGUCACCGAGUUCCAAACGACAAGAGAGGUGCUAUUUAUGUUGCAAGGCCUUCCUACGACGCUUUUCCAGAAGGACGGAACUCCCGACCCUGCCUACCAGAUGUCGAAUAUCACAUGGGAUACCUACAAAGCAUUGAUAAACGCAUACGCCGAAACGGGUCGCCAGAUGUCACUGUUACGGACGUUUGCGAAGAAGGCUCAGAAUGCACCACUUUUCCAGGUCUUCCGUGACAACGUUCUCGCAAGCCUACGAACAUUUGACACAAGAAUAUCUGGUAUUCAACAGCGUCUGUCAGUCCCGCGCGAAGAUACGGUCGUCAGCAUGGCGGCCAUUCUUGAAGAGCUCAGGCCUCACCUUGAACCCCUGAGAGCCCUCUCUGAAAUCGUUCGGCAGCUUUACGACCCGGCAAACGGCGGCGCGUUCCGUUACCUGGAGCUCCUUUACGACGAGAUCGGCGUCGCCCAGUUGUCCGGUCGCAGCACGACGUAUGACUUUCUAGGCCAAAUAUUCUUCAACUGUUUCCAAGUUUAUCUGCGGCCGAUUCGUCUAUGGAUGGCGGAGGGACAGCUGCUUCCAGGAGACAAAAUCUUCUUUGUAUCGGAGUCAUCCACUCAAGUCCCACUUCGGCAGGUCUGGCAAGAACAGUUCAAACUCAGGAGAACAUCAGACGGUGUCCUUCACGCUCCCAGCUUUCUUCAGCCUAGCGUUGACAAGAUAUUCCGAGCUGGCAAGAGCAUUGUCGUGCUCAAACACCUCGGCAAGUACGAGUCGGUUCGGGCUUUGUGGGCGGAAGUAGAGCCACCUCUCACGUUCGCCUCUGUGUGCCCAACCGGCUUGGAACUUGCGCCAUUCCCUGAGCUCUUCACAUCCGCAUUCAAUCUUUGGAUGCAAAGCAAGUAUCACGCCACAUCCGAGACGUUGAAGCAGGCUUUGUUCGACUCCUGCAAGCUUGAGGCAGGUAUCGAGGCCUUGAAGUAUCUGUAUCUCAUGGCCGACGGAUCUGCCGCAGACACAUUUUGCAAAGGGAUCUUUACGAGGCUAGACGCCCUUCGGCCUGACUGGCAUGAUAGAUACUCCCUGACCGGACUGGCGCAGGAGGCCUUCAUGUCACGCGUUGAUUCGACUCGUAUUGUCGUCAACGUCCGCCAAGAAGGUCAGAAAGUGUCCGUCGUCGCUGCUCGCGACCAGGUUCAAAAGGCAUUGCCAGAGAUCGUUCUCCAAUAUCGAUUGCCUUGGCCCGUACAGCUGGUGGUGACCCCAGAUACGAUAGUCCAUUACCAGGCGGUGUUCACUCUGCUAAUGCAGAUCCGACGUGCCGCCGGUCUGCUGCAACGUAACCGCAUCCUAGACGAACUCGCAACCCACAGGGAGAUCUGGGGCAACAGGGCUCUGUACUAUUCUCUCCGCUCAAAGCUCAUGUGGUUCUGCAACUGCAUCCAGACAUACCUUGUCACGUUGGUAUUAGCACCUUACACAGAACAGCUGCGGCGGAAUCUACGAGACGCGUAUGACGUCGAUGCCAUGAUCAGAGUCCAUGCAGCCUUCGUGAAGCAGGUUGUUGACGCGGCGUGUCUCGGCAGAAAAUUGGAUCCCAUACGGGGUGCUACGUUGGACAUAAUGGAUUUGGCUGCGAAACUAGAAGACGCGCAAAGCGCCAGUGCCGCCGAGGAGGCGGAGGAGGCGCAGGAACUGUCCCGCUUGUCGCUCAUGUCCUCGCCGAUGAAAGCGAGCCCUCGCCGGCGAAAACCGGUCGUUUACACCGAAGACAGUGACGAUGACGGAACGGAGGGUCUCGGGGACAGGGCCCAAAGGGGCACCCUCAAUGGGGGCAAGGGCUACCUCGAGAGCCUGCGGGAGAUUAAAACGGAUUUCGAGAGGCACUUGAGGUUCAUCUGUGGGGGUUUGAGGGGGGUUGCCAGGGCUUCAAGCGACGAGGCGGCAACAAAAUGGGACCUCUUGGCAGAAAUGCUGGAGGUGGGCGUGAAAGAGGGCGCUUGA